UCAGCUCAAGCUAACACUGACAGCUAACUGCUAACCCUAGUAUACCCUGGUUUCCACGCAACUGCAAACUUCCGGUGAAUCUUGUGCGAGACACAGCGAUUGAUGACGUACUUCCGUCAAAAUACUUGCCACGCGCAUUGCUUCCCGUUCAUACCCGCUGCCUGUUGAUUUUAGCUUUAGCUCCUAGAACUACACCAUGAAAAAGUCACAAAAGUUGACGCACCUGCGUGCUACUGGUACAACAAGUGAGUUCUGUUGUGUGCCGUUGUGUUCAGUGACCAGUAGGUACAAUAAAGUACUUAGUUUUUUCAGUUUUCCUGCUAAYGAGGAGUUAAGGCGACAAUGGAUAUUGGCUGUCCGCAGGGAAAACUUAACUAUUAAAGGACACACUCGUGUUUGUAGUCGGCAUUUCAAACCUGAGGACAUUGGACAUGGAAUGGGAAGACGGAGGUUAAAAAAGGGAGCUGUACCUGCUUUGUUCGAGUGGAACAAUUUUUCCCUUCCACUUCCAAGACCCGGGGUUUGGGAGAGAAUGCAAAGACCACCACCCCUAGAGGACAGCGAGAAGGAAGAGAACACAGCAGCCUGUACAGCCAGAAUAACUCCGGCCCUUAAGGAUCAUGAUUAUGUCGAUGCUCCAGAACCUGCAGUGGUGGAUUUGGUGCUGGAGGCAAAUGAAACUCUCCGGGAGGAACUCCGCCAGCUUCAGGAACAGGUAGAGAGCCUGACGGUGAGGCAGCGGUUCGGCAUUUAUCGUUUUGCUGCUUCCGACAAGGACAUACGAUUCUUCACAAGAUUUGCAUCGUAUGAGUGCCUCAUGCGUUUCUGGACCAUGAUUGAGCCCUCCCUGCCAUCCAUGGUCAGUGUUCAUCAAGGACAGAGAGGAACUGCCCUCGACUCCACUCCCACAACGCGUUCUUUGCUACCYAUUGACGAGUUCUUCAUGUUUUUAAAUUACCUUGCCCUUGGAUCCAAGCAGCGGGACCUAGCUGACCGUUACGGUGUCCAUCAGUCCACUGUCAGUCGCAUCAUCACAACAUGGAGCAACUUUUUGUUUACAGUGUUAGGUUCAAUCAGGAUCUGGAUACCGGAGGAGCAGAUACAAAAAAAUCUACCUGCAGACUUCAAAGACUACCCUGACACUACAGUCAUCCUUGAUUGCACUGAGCUGAGGUGUCAGUGCCCAUCGUCCCCUCUCCUCCAGAGUGAGGUGUUCUCAUCUUACAAAUCCCACUGCACUCUGAAAGGGCUGAUUGGGAU